AUGGGAGAAGCAGUACACUUGACCCCGGAAGAGCGUAUCAAGUUAAUACAGACUCUUCGAAAUGCCCUCGAUUCAAUCGGUCUGCAGAAGACACCGAUAGUCGCUGGUGUAGGAGGUAAUAGCACUCGUGAGACCAUUCAGCUAGCUCGCGAUGCUGCUGCUGCAGGUGCAGAUUUUGCCCUGGUGAUUGCUCCUGGGUAUUGGGCUGGUUAUCUCAAAGGAAACCCAGCGGCAGUUGAAAGAUUUUUCGUCGAUGUCGCCGCGGGGUCUCCAAUUCCAGUGUACAGCCUCUCCCCUCUGGUUCCCAUGGCAUUGCUUGCUAAUCCUGUUCUGUGGAAUAGGGUUAUUUACAAUUUUCCUCCUGUGACGGCAGGGAUUGACUUGGAACGUGACAAUGUGGCCGAGAUUGCAAAACUGGCACCGAAUGUCUGCGGCAUAAUGCUAUCAUGUGGCAAUGCUGGCAAGCUGGCAAGAAUUGCAGCCUUGACUGAAGGGACUUCUUUCACAACAUUGGCCGGCCUAAUCGAUUUCCUCCUCCCCUCAGUGGUGGUCGGCUCCGCUGGUGCUAUUAGUCCACUACCUAACAUUGCGCCCAAAUUCUCCAUGAAAUUAUGGGAUUUGACACAAAAUCUCGAAACCAAGGCAGAUUUCAAGGCCGCACAAAAGUCCCAAGGCAUAGCUUCUCUGGCAGAGUCUGCUUUGUUGAAGAGUGGGGUUCCCGGCUUGAAAGGGCUGUUGAAUAAGGAUUUCGGAUACCCUGCGGCGCCGAGAUUGCCCCUUCUUUCUCAUAACGACGUGGCCACGUUGUCCCAAAACAAGUAUAUUAGCAACAUUUUGGAUCUGGAGAAAGCUUUAGACUAG